CCCGGGAGCAGGAGUUGGGAGCGCGACCCGCCUGGGGCUGCGCGGGGGCGGUGGCCGCGCGGGCGGUAGGCGGAGCCGGUCUGGGCCCCUUGGCCCGGGGUGGGACGCAGGACGCGAGGGGAACGCGGACGCCUGAAGGAGGGGGAGAGGGUGGGAGUGGUUAGGACCUUGGAAAUGGCAGACAAGGGACCCAAGAGGAGGAUUCAGUUCAAGGCCCUGACCGAGCUGGAGUCCUCCACCCUUCCUGCUGAUGGUCAUCAUUUUUAAAAGGCCAGAGGAUCACCCCAGAAAGACAACCUUACGGAUCGAGGAUUCCCUCUCGAGAGGAAAGGCCCGUGUUCGGAUAAUCAGAUAUUACCUCUUUACCCUCAAGAUGGACUCAGACACCUUUUACCUUCUGGGGUUGUUUACCAGAGUUGGUAACUAGGUGCAGGCUCUUGAUAGCUGGUACAGGCAGGGAGACCAGGGUCCAGUGAGCUCUGAGCUCCCUUCUGUCCUUCGAGGGCUGGGCAGAGCAGCCAUGCCUACCUGGGGGGCUGGCUCCUCGUCCCCUGACCGCUUUGCAGUGACUGCCAAGGCAGAGGUUAAGGUGAGGGAGCAGCAGCCCCAUGUGGAGCGCAUCUUCAGCGUGGGGAUGAGUGUCCUUCCCAAGGACUGUCCUGAGAACCCGCACAUCUGGCUGCAGCUCGAGGGCCCCAAGGAGAACACCAGCAGAGCCAAGGAGUACCUGAAGGGUCUCUGCAGCCCAGAGUUGCAGGAUGAAAUCCACUAUCCGCCCAAACUGCACUGUGUCUUCCUCGGAGCCCAGGGCUUCUUUCUUGACUGCCUGGCCUGGAGCACAUCAGCCCACCUGGUGCCUGGAGCGCCUGGUUCAGUGAUGAUCAGUGGCCUGACUGAGGCCUUCGUUAUGGCUCAGAGCCGGGUGGAGGAGCUGGUGGAGCGGCUGAGCUGGGACCUGCAGCCAGGGCCAUCCGCUGGAGCCUCCCAGAGUGCUGGGGUGCUGGGAGACUUCUCUGCCCUGCUGCCACCCUGGGGAGACGCCCACAGAGAGGCUCUGCUGCAGCUGCCCUUGGCUGUCCAGGAGGAACUGUUGAGCCUAGUGCAGGAGGCAUCCAGGGGAAAGGGUCUGCGAGUGCUCCCCUCCUGGGAGGGGAGGAGCCCAGGCCUGCUGGGUGCUCAGCACCUGGGAGUCAGAGCUUCCCUAAGGGAAGGCAGGGAGUCCCAGGACACUGGAUCUAGGGAGUGGGGAGAGUCUAGGGGAGUGAGGCAUGCUGUGGAGAAGGAGGCCGGGAAACAGGUUGGUCCCAGGGAGAUGGAUUUGGGGUGGAAGGAAGCCUGGGAGAGAGAAGUGGCCUUCAGGCCAGAGUCAGGGAGAGGAGAGGUAGGGGAGGCAGGGCCCAUAAACGGGAAGGUCUUGGAGAAGGAGGGGGUGACUCAGGAGAGAGGAAGGUUCUAUGUCCAGGGUGAGCCUCCCAGUGCCCACGGCCCUUCUCAGAGGGCAAAUCAGCCUCGGGGAGCCUCCCUUCUCCAGAGACUCCACAAUGGGAAAGCCUCACCUCCAAGAGUGCCUAGUCCUCCACCUGCGCCUGAACCCCCAUGGCACCGUGGAGACUGGGGAGACAAGGGAGACAAGGGAGAAAAGCAGCAGACUGGGGCUCGAGGCCGGGGGUCUCCGUGGAAACGAGGGACCCGGGGGGCCAACUUGGUAACCGGCACACAGCGUUUCCAGGAGGCCCUACAGGAUCCUUUUACCUUGUCCCUUGCCAAUGUGCCUGGCCAGCCAGACCUCCGCCAUAUUGUCAUUGAUGGCAGCAAUGUGGCCAUGGUGCAUGGCCUCCAGCACUACUUCUCCAGCCGGGGCAUUGCCAUUGCUGUGCAGUACUUCUGGGACCGUGGCCACCGUGACAUAACUGUCUUUGUGCCUCAGUGGCGCUUCAGUAAGGAUGCCAAAGUCAGAGAGGGUCACUUUCUGCAAAAGCUGUACUCUCUAAGCCUGCUCUCCCUCACCCCCUCGCGAGUCAUGGAUGGCAAGAGGAUCUCCUCCUAUGAUGACAGGGUCCUCCUCCAUUCAUUCACCCCCUGUGAAUAUCAAAAGAAGAUGAGGUUCAUGGUGAAGCUGGCUGAAGAGACUGAUGGGAUCAUUGUCUCCAAUGAUCAGUUUCGGGACCUGGCGGAGGAGUCCAAGAAAUGGAUGGCAAUCAUCAGAGAGCGCCUGCUGCCCUUCACCUUCGUGGGAAACCUCUUCAUGGUCCCUGAUGACCCGCUUGGGCGAUAUGGCCCCACCCUGGAUGAGUUCCUGAAGAAGCCAGUCAGGACACAGGGGUCUUCUGAGGCUCAGCAUCCUUCCAGGGGCUUUGCAGAACAUGGUAAAGAUCAGCAGGAGAGAGAAGAGGAAAAAGGCAGUGGUGGCAUUCGGAAGACCCGUGAGACAGAGCGGCUCCGGCGCCAGCUGCUGGAGGUAUUCUGGGGCCAGGAUCACAAGGUGGACUUCAUCCUGCAGCGGGAGCCAUACUGCCGGGACAUCAAUCAACUCUCUGAGGCCUUGCUCAGUCUCAACUUUUGAGCCCCACCUGCUUUUGAGUGGCUUCUGCCCCAUCAGCUCCAGCCCCAUCCAGCUCAGUCCCUUUUGUGAUAAUUCCUCUGCUGUUCAGACCCUGACCCAGACCCACUCUGAGUUGGUGCUUUGAGUCAGAGAAGCAGCAAGGAAGAGCAUUUGAGUUGGGGAAUGCUCUUGCCUGGGACUCUUUGGGGGACAGGACUAUAAAGUGACCUGAUCUCAUCUUGAGUCAGGACCUCAACCAGCUUUCAAGAAAGAGGUUCUGCUCAGCCUUAGCUUCUCAAAUUGUCUUAGCAGAGGGUUUCUGUAGAGAGUCAGGGCUGCUGGAAAGUUGAAGUCCUGGAGACUGAGAUUGCUGAUUCUACCUUCAAGCUAAGCUGGGAAUGGAGGCUGGGUUGGAUGGGAGGGGAAUAAGACGGAACAGGUAGCAAGGAAGCUAAGUCUUUUCUCACCUCGGCUGCCGCUCUGGGAACCCAGAAAGGCUGUAGUGUUACAUGGCUGGGUUGCAGUGGGGCAUCAGGAAGCAGAUGGAGAAGGCAAGAGAGACUUGGCUUUCAGUCUCAGCUAUGCCUGUCUGUGGCCUUGAUCAAGCUGCUUGGCCUUUAUUCUGCCUAUAAAUCAGGAGUAAAAAUACCUGUUGGGAGAAGAAAUGAGAACCUAUGGGAAAGCUCCUUGGAGGAAAAGUACUUCGACCAAGUCUCAGGUAUAUCUUCCUGCGGCUGCACGUGAUUCCUAACUUGGACCUCACUUUCAGAGAGCUGUGGGUCCUGUCCCAAGGCAUCCACCUGUGCCCCAGAUUUUAAUGUGCCCUAUAAUGGCUGCAUCCCUUUUGGGCAACCCUCAAAUCCACAUUUACAAAAUAGUUAAAUUUGGGGGUGACUUUUUGCAUUACCAAAAUACUCUCAGGGUUCCUUUAAAUGGCAGCUCUCUUAUUGCAUUCAGGUGUUUGUUUAUGGAUUAACAAAUCUGUGGGAAGCUCUCUGGUUACAUGCACUUGCUGAAGUAUUGGGAGCAAUCGCCAAACCAGUGAAGAUGUGCUCUUCAAUGACAAUGUUAAUGUGAUCUGACCCUAACCUUUCUCUACAGAACACAUAUGUUGCAUAAAGCAAGCACACUCAUGUGUGUUUGUGUGUGUGUGUGUGUGUGUGUGUGUGUGUGAGUAUGGAGAUGGGAGGGUUUAUAGAGGUUCUACCUUUGUGAACCAAUUAUCUGAAAAUGAAAACCGAAGAAUUGAAGUUGGAAGGUACCAGAGCAGGUUCACUGUGACAUCAGGACAUUUUCUCUCCACUCUGAUUACAACAGGUCAUCAUCCUUUGCCAGGGAAUUUACAACGUCAUGAGGUAGUACAUUCUAUCUUUGGAUAGUAUCAGUCAUUAGUCCUUCCUUUAACGCAGCCCAAAAUGUGCUUUUCUGUUACUUUUACUUUUGAGGCUGGCUAUUCCCUCAGGAACAAUAUAGAGCCAGUCAGUGUUCUAAAGAAGAAUCAAAGACCAGAUAAAUAACUAGGACAGGAACCCUGAAUUCUCUCCUGUCUAGGCCUUGCAGCAAGCUCCUGCGCAGGAUUCUUUUUAGGCUCUGCUUCUCUUGAGAGGUAUGGAGAAUUGAGUACUGCCACUGUUUCUCAUUCCAGCAACUGGCAUUGGUUGCUGAGUGAUGAUAGAAGGGGUCCCUAGGUCCCAGUGUGCCCACCCUGAUAAUUGGUCAUUUACACCAUUAGACUGUAUUGAGCUCGGCUGGGGGUGGGUGUGUGGGAGAGGCUGGCCAGGGAGGUGACAAUGACUUAAAGACAACUUAUAGUCCCCAGGGAAGAAAGAUUAAUAUGACCUGAAUUGGGAACUGGAGGGACUUCUGGUCCAGUUAUGACACAUACCAGGGUAGCUAAAAAGGGAAAGGGUCCUAAAUGAACCUGUGGGCUCUAUUCCUAACAGGGUGGAAUUUGUAGUGUUUGGUUGCUGUAUCCUUAGUUCCUUGUUCCCUUCACUUUCAGUAUGAUGAUGGGACACGAAAUAGGCCAGAGGCUGACUAAGGCCCCUGGUUGACUGAAGUGGCUCCAUUCAGAUGGGAGGGAAGCCAUAGCUUCUUAUAGGCAAGGAUGUUGACUUUGUCCUGCUGCAGCUUGAUGAACUGGAACCAAUGUGUGACUGCUUUAUUAGUUCACUGCCAUUUGGUGACAUGGACUGAAGGCUCUCCUAGACCUGGACCUUGUCUCUCACUGUUGGCAUCUUAAUGGCAGUCUGUGAACAGUUAUGUGAGGUGACCAAAGAAUUCAAUAGAAAUGUGUCUUCAUUUCUUUCUUCUGCUAGUCUCUACUUUUACUAUAACCUCAUGCCCAAAUUUGUUUCCAGUUCUUUUAGCAGCUGAGGGAUCAAGAAGAAGCGGGUGGGUGGAGGAGAGAUGUUGCCCAUUUUAACUUUCCAAACCCCAUUUAGGGGAAAGAGUCAAUCUAGGGUGACAUAUCUUGAAAUAAAUUCCAAGAGAACCUAGGCCAAAGAGAUGAGCCAAAGCUAGUGAGAUAAUGUAUCUUUAUUGACUAAACUGCAGAGCACUCUAUACAUAGCAUAACGGAGAAAUGGCGUAGGAAUGAGAUGGGGACAUCAAGCUUGGAAAUUCUUUGGGAAGGGGUCAGAGGGUUGAGGUCCUAACUUGAUGGGAUCACAGCCUUGAGAUAGUGGACAGUCUCUUAGUUAAAUAGGGCGGAGCAACAGAAUAAUUGGAGAUAAAUAGGAAGAAGGAAUCCCUAAGAACUGGAUGGUUUCAGAGCCCAAACAGGAAUUCCUGAGCUUAUUCACAGGAUCUACCCAGUAGGCCUGUGCCAUGAACCUCCCUACUUAGGCUACUACCUCCUUUAAGGCAGCCCCCAGCACUGGGAAGGCAUACUGGUAGCCAGCAGCCAGUGUUCGCCGUGGGACCACCUUCUGGCCCUCCAGCAACAUGAUGGCUCGCUCUCGCCCAAAGAUGGCUUGUACCACAGUGCUGGGGAGGGGGAUGAAUGCUGGGCGGCCCAGGGCAGCACCCAAAGCCUGGGCAAAGUCAGCAUUGGUAGUGGUGGAGGCUGGAGCCACUCCAUUCAGGACCCCCUGCACAUGGCUUGCUUCAAGGGCAUGGGCCAGGAUUCCUGCCAGGUCCCCGAUGUGAAUCCAAGGGAAGAACUGGUGGCCUGAGCCGAUGGGGCCCCCCAGGCCCAGGCGGAAGGGCAGCAGCAUGUGGCUGAUGGCACCGCCCCCUCGGCCCAGCACAACCCCUAGAACAGGCAAAAAGAAUGGUACAGGGGAAGGCCCUCUGCCUCCAAGCAGCCCCACUAUUGUCUGUUUCUCACAGUUUCUCUUUCCUCACUGCUCCCCAAGCUGAUUUAGCUCUGUAACAGAUCUGAGGGGUAUGGUUCUCUCCCAUCCUCCCAUCUUAGGGGUAACCAGAAGUGGUGGCACUCUCAUUCUCUCUAAACUCAGCUCCCCCUGAUCGGACCACUCCCCCAACCCAGAGAAGAUGCUCCAACCCUAUCUGAUACCCAGGCCCCUGGUCUCACCAGAGCGCACUACCACCUGGCGUGUGGAAUCUCCAGGAAGCCUGGCUGCUGCUUCCCACUUGGUUACAAGGUUGGAGAAAAAGUCAAAAUCCCCUCCAGAACUGUCCUCAUCAUAUUCUGCAGUCAGGCUGGGCUGGUAGUAAGCUGCCAGUGGAAAAGCACAUGUUUGUCCUGGGUGUCCUUAGUCCUGCCUGGCCCUUUGCAGGUAAGGCUCCAUUCCCCUUGGUCUCAGCUUCCUUAGCCUUUGGGAUUUCCCCAUGGGAAGACAGAGCCAUGGAUAUUUUUUCCCUGAACUUCUCCAUAGCACAGACCUGUUUCUGCCCUGGAGAACUCUUACCUUUGUUUGCAGGAGUAAAUAGGUUAAGAAGAUUUGGGUGCCAGGCUGCCUGAGUUUUAAUCUCAGCUUCACCAUAUGUUAGCUGGGGGACUUUAAGCAAGUUACUUAUCUUCUCUGUGUGGAAAGUUUGCCUGUUUUAAGUAGGAAUAAUAAUAGCACCCCACCUCAUAGGGUUAUUGUGAAAAUAAAAUGAUGUAAUAUGUGUAAAAUA